GUGUAUGCACAGUCACGAAGAAAAAGGAACUAGAGCACAUAUGUAUAAAUGCAUGGACGAGAACCAGAGAAGUCAGAACUGAUCCAGUACUACCACACAGGUACACCAUGGCAGCACGCUCAGAAUCCAAUCUCCAGCUGGUUCACGGAAACAUCCGAGCUUUUCCAGACUUUCCGAAGAAAGGCAUCCUGUUCAGAGAUAUCUGUCCCCUACUGAAGAAUCCAAAAGCCCUGACAGCAGUGAUCGACCUCUUUGAAGAACAUGUGAGGAAGAAUUACCCGGAAGUCGAACUGAUAGUUGGUUUAGAUGCUCGUGGUUUCCUGUUUGGGCCUCUGCUCGCCCAGCGCCUGGGGAUUGGUUUUGUCCUGGUCAGAAAGAAAGGCAAACUGCCUGGAACCACUGUGUCUGUGGCAUAUGAUUUGGAGUAUGGCAAAGCAGAAGCAGAGAUCCAGGAGGAUGCAGUGGCUCCAGGACAGAAGGUUCUUCUCAUUGAUGACCUUCUGGCUACUGGAGGGACUCUGUUUGCAGCCUGUGAGCUGAUGAAAAAGCUGCAGGCAGAGGUUUUGGGCUGCAUGGUGGUCAUUGAGCUGCAGGAACUGAACGGAAUCGAUAAACUGAAACCACAAAGUGUGUUCUCCCUGGUGCAGUACUGAAGGCCACUGCAGCUGUUACACUGGAAACUGGAAGUCAAACAUUUAUUUUAUGAGUAGGUGCUUCCAAGGAAACAAGAGACCUCUUCAUUUUUUACUUUUUUUUUUGCAAUCCGUUUAUUGACAUUUUCCAGUUUGUUAGAUUAGUUAGAUUGUCAAAAUAAAUCAGGAAAGGCAUCCAGACUUUCUUGAGCAUAUACUUAUAUGCCUUAAGUUAUUUUAGUCAUAUACUAUACAAUUUUGUAAUUAGUACUAAAAUUUACUUAUAAAUGUUCUGUCAUUCGUUUAUAAAUCUUGGUAGUUAGUAAUAUCCUGGUUGCAGGGGCUGGAGCCCUGCCCAGCAUGCUUUGGACAUAUGGCAAGGAGGACAAGAUUUUAUGGACCCUUUAAGAGUGUUAAUGUCUUUGAUUGUCUGGAAUGUUUUUUUUCCUUUCACCUAAUGUAUGCUGGGAUCAUCCAUGUGUUCCAGCAGGAAGAAGCAGGUACAGAGGAUGGAUGGAUUCAUAUUUAUUAGUUAGAAAGAAAUAACAUUUUUCUCUGCAUGAUCAUAUGUUUACUUUUUUGCACAGUUUUUAAUUUUAUUGUAUUAUAUACAUUGUAAAAGUACAUUUAUAUUCUUCAUCUGUACAUCAGCAGCUUAGUCUAGCAGGAGAAAUAGGUUCCCAUGUAACCUGCAUGGCAUUUCUUUUUAAUCUAUUUUUUUUAGGACUCUAAUGGUGUUAAGAUUUUUCCACGUUGCCAGGGUCAACUAAUGGCUCACGGGGUUCAUUUGGCGGCCAUCUUCAUUGAUGUCCAUUUGAGUGACAAAAAAAAACUGAUUUUCAUAACUCCUGAAACCAGACCACUUUUUCAUAUAAUUUUGACAUCAGGAAUCAUAAGGCUCAUAACAAUAUAACUUUUGCUAUUUUGUUUCACAAUAGCCAAAUGGAACUAGUUUAUAUAUAGUUUAUAUAGGUUUGUCGGUCUUGGCAAAGAAUCCAUUAGGGAGGGACAGGAGAGAGGGACAGGAGAGAGGGAGUAGCACAUCAGUUGAUCAAGUUCAAGAUGUUCCCUCCGGACCUGUUACUUGAUGAGCAGCUGGAAGGCCAGGUUGUUCUGCUCCUGGUACCAGAUGAGCUGCAAUACAAGGACAAGCAUAUAGCACAACCAAUGCACCAAAGCAUUAAGCUAAACAGGUGAUUCUGGUAGGGUAUUGUGCAAAUUAAUAUAUCAAAGCAUAGAACAUAUAAAUUGCUUUAGACCUCUCUCCAAGGAUGUGAACUUGACUGGCUUGCUGCAGGCCUCCAUCGUCAGCAGCUUCUUCUUUCAAUGCAAAGAUAUUGAUGAGGUGGACAUUGAUGAUGAGAUGGGCAACAAUGAUCAGUGAAAUGGGGUUUUAAUGACUUUUGCUUUCAAUUAGCUAAUAUAUACAGUUAGUGAUUACCAUCCAUUUAAUAACCAUGCAAUUGAUAAAGAAGAAUAAACUAGUUUCAUUUGCUAUUGCAGGAAACUAUUGCGAAACAAAACGGCAAAAGUUAUAUUGUUAUGAGCCUUAUGAUUACUGGUGUCAAAAUUAUAUGAAAAACAGGGUUCGUCUUUGUAUGUUGUCUGGUUCAGAAGUUAUGAAAAUUGGCAUUUUUCACCACUCGUGUGGACAUCAAUUCAAGAUGGCCACCAAACAAACCCCAUGGGCUAUCAGUUGACCUUGGCAACAUGAAAAAAAUCUUAACUAGACACCAUUAGAGUCCUAAAAUACAGGUCAGAAAAAAAUACCAUGCAGGUACAUGGGAAGCUAUUUCUCCUGCUGUAUCAAUUUCACUUAAAUAGAAAUGUCUUUGUAUGAUUAUCCAUGUAUGAUGCCACAGCUACAUGCUAGCUGUAGCAUGGUAUGCUAACUUACAACAAAACUAAUAUUUUAAAAACACUGUAUUGUAGCUUAGUUCUUGUCUAACUUUGUUUCACGUGUCUUAAAAGGGGUCUUGAAGUCUUUAUCAAAAAAGUACUGAUGUUGGAAACCCUACACAGAACACCCACCAUGUGUACUUUCACUUGUCAUGAAAACUGGAUUUGGUUUGAUUUGAUGUGGCAUUGAGGUACAUUGCCGUAAACGUUUUUCCUUCAGUGCAUAAAUGAUAUUCCAUUCACUUCCAUUAUACUGUGGUAGAGGCAGAAACCUCAAAAUUUGUGAAACCAGACCAAAACUGCAAUACGAUGCCACAACUGGUAAACGCUUUACCAUCCAUGACCCCUUCCCUUUUCUACUUUCUCUUGUGUAAUUUUAAAGGACACAGCUUACCAUCAUUCUCAGAUAAUUACAAGCAGUUAAUGCCUUAUGCUUUGUUAUAUUUUAAUUGUAUUAAAAAAAAAUGGAGACAGCA